AACCCUCUGAGACAAUGGAGACGAGAGAGCCUCUAGAGGGAGGGUGACAAACUGUUCUGUUUUGCUCAAGACUGAAAAUUCUUCUAGGACAUACUUUCAGUGCUAAAACCAGGAAAGUCCCAGGCAAGCUGGGACACUUGGUCACUCUUGCUAGAGGUGAGAAAUACUCAGGCUAGAAAGCCCCCGAUCUCAGAUCUAUGGGCACUGGUGGGUGACUGUGCCUGGAGACCCAGAAAAGCCUCCCCCAGGGACACACAGCUGGUACAGGGCAGCGCUGACUGGGGGCCAAGGUCUUCUGGCUCCCAAUCCAGGUGAUCUUGGGGAGUUCAUGCCGGAGGGGAGGUGUGUCUGUGAGUGAUGCGGUCCUGUGUAUGUUUCUAAAUGAUCCCUGCAACUGCUGAGUGGAGAACAGAGAGCAGAAAGACUAGGAAGCUUUCUGCAAGGGUCUAGGUCAGGGGUCAACAAACCACAGCUUGUAGGUCAAAUCUGGCCCACCGCCCAUGAGCUAAGAAUGCAAGAUAUAAAAUAUAAAUAUAAAAUAUAAGUGAUAAGUAUAGAAGGUAAAUAUACAAAGGGUUGAAAAAUCAAUAGAGGAACAACAUUUUGUGACAUAGGAAAAUAAUAUGAAAUUCACAUUUCAGUGUCCAUAAGUGAAGUUUCACUGAAACACAGCCACGCCUGUUCAUGCAUGUCUGAGACUGUUUCCAGCUGCCACAGCAGAGUUGAGUAGUGGCAGCAGAGACUGUGUGGUCUGCAAAACCACAGAUAUUACUAUCUGGCGCUUUGCAGAAAAAGUUUUCCGAGCCCUGGUUGAGGAUCAUAGCAGUGGAGCGGGGGAGAGGCUGAAGAACCUACAGGAAAGUCUAGGAGUUGGAGACCAGCUUGGGCAGCAUGAUGUUUGUGGAGCAGACACUGAAAUAAACUCUGAUGAUUGCCAUCCUCUGUGCAAAAUCACUGUGCUAAUGAAAUCAACUCAUCUGAAAGAGAAGUGUGGGAGAAGCAGCACCUGAGUCUGGGGAUGUGGGUUCUGGCUAGGAUAUUUGUCAGGUAGGUGACUUGGGUGAGUCACUUUGGGAGUCUUUGUUUCCUGCUCUGUUGGGUGAGAAUGGAGUCUAGUGCUGUGCAGAGCUCACACAAGUGGGAAGCACAAUGACAUGAUGGAUGCGAGGAGUGUGCCUUGUAUGUCUAAAGCAUUGCCAUCCAAUAGUGUUGCUGUCACCAUACAUGUGGAAGGUGGUGGGCGUUACAUUGCCUUUCACAAGCUCAUCUGCAGGAGUUGAGGGUGUCACUCACGAUCUCUGGGUGCUGGCCCACUGCCCGCCUUCUCAGCAGGCCCAGGUGUUCUGCUGGGGGAAUUUCCUGGGCGUUCUCUUCCCUCCCAUAGGCUUGAGAGUGCAGAGGAUGCAUCUUAUCGACUACCUGCUCCUCCUGCUGAUUGGACUACUGGCCCUUUCUCAUGGCCAGCUGCACGUUGAGCAUGAUGGUGAGAGUUGCAGUAACAGCUCCCACCAGCAGAUUCUGGAGACAGGUGAGGGCUCCCCCAGCCUCAAGAUCGCCCCUGCCAAUGCUGACUUUGCCUUCCGCUUCUACUACCUGAUCGCUUCGGAGACCCCGGGGAAGAACAUCUUUUUCUCCCCCCUGAGCAUCUCGGCCGCCUACGCUAUGCUUUCCCUGGGGGCCUGCUCACACAGCCGCAGUCAGAUCCUCGAGGGCCUGGGCUUCAACCUCACGGAGCUGUCUGAGUCCGACAUCCACAGGGGCUUCCAGCACCUCCUGCACACUAUCAGCCUCCCCGGUCAUGGGCUGGAAACACGUGUGGGCAGUGCUCUGUUCCUGAGCCACAACCUGAAGUUCCUUGCAAAAUUCCUGAAUGACACCACGGCCUUCUAUGAGGCCAAACUCUUCCACACCAACUUCUACGACACUGUGGGCACAAUCCAGCUUAUCAACGACCACGUCAAGAAGGAAACUCGAGGGAAGAUUGUGGAUUUGGUCAGUGAGCUCAAGAAGGACGUCUUGAUGGUGCUGGUGAAUUACAUUUACUUCAAAGCCCUGUGGGAGAAACCAUUCAUUUCCUCGAGGACCACUCCCAAAGACUUCUAUGUUGAUGAGAAUACAACAGUCCAGGUGCCCAUGAUGCUGCAGGACCAGGAGCACCACUGGUAUCUUCAUGACAGAUACUUGCCCUGCUCAGUGCUACGGAUGGAUUACAAAGGAGACGCAACUGUGUUUUUCAUUCUCCCUAACGAAGGCAAAAUGAGGGAGAUUGAAGAGGUUUUGACUCCAGAGAUGCUAAUGAGGUGGAACAACUUGUUGCAGAAGAGGAAUUUUUACAAGAAGCUAGAGUUGCAUUUCCCCAAGUUCUCCAUUUCUGGCUCCUAUGUAUUAGAUCAGAUUUUGCCCAGGCUGGGCUUCGUGGAUCUGUUCUCCAAGUGGGCUGACUUAUCUGGCAUCACCAAACAGCGAAAACUGGAGGCAUCCAAAAGUUUCCACAAGGCCACCUUGGAUGUGGAUGAGGCUGGCACCGAGGCUGCAGCAGCCACCGGCUUUGCGGUCAAAUUCUUCUCUGCCCAGACCAAUCGCCAUGUCCUGCGGUUCAACCGGCCCUUCCUUGUGGUGAUCUUUUCCACCAGCACCCAGAGUGUCCUCUUUCUGGGCAAGGUCGUCGACCCCACAAAACCAUAGCCCUCCCAGGGCUGCUCAUCUGUUCCGAGCAGGAGGAUGCGGCAGGGGAGGGCUGGGUGUGAGUAGUUCUGUGUUUAGAGUAGGGGACGAGGAAGACGCCGAAUGUCCAGGAGUCCAGGACAGCAGGUGCUGGCCCGUGGGGAGUGGGGAGCGGCACUGAGAUGGGCAGGGCCUGGACAUUCCACACCCUGGCGCUGUGCAGCCUCUGGCAGAGCAUCCAACCUAUUGGAGCAAGUUUCUGCCUCUGGAAAGGGGGCGGGCCCUUUCUACAACAGGGUGGUUGUUCCGAGUAAACAACACGAUGCCACGAAGA